AUGGCACUACUUCAGCUUUUUUUAGUUUUCAAUGUUCUCCUCUUUGGGAGCUCAUUGAUGAGGCUAGUAGAAUCAGUCACCGAUAGUACAAGGAUGAUCGUAGUAGGGAACAACAACAACAACAACGAGACAGAUCGAUUUGCUUUGUUGGAGUUGAAGAAACAAAUUUAUGAUGAUCCGUAUGGAGCACUAAGUUCUUGGAAUGAUUCCAUCCAUUUCUGCAACUGGGUUGGGAUCACAUGUGGAAGUCGUCACCGACAACGGGUUACCAGCUUGGAUUUACAAGGGAAGGGCUUGGGAGGUAACAUUUCUGCUUCCAUUGGGAAUCUCACUUUUCUUCAUGUCCUCAAUCUCAUGAACAAUAGCUUCCAUGGCAAAAUCCCACAAGAGAUUGGAAAUCUUAUUCGACUAGAAUCCAUUGCUUUUCAAAACAACACUCUCGAAGGAGAACUUCCUACCAGCUUGGCCAACUGCACUCGUCUAAGAGAAAUUUGGUUCUCCCGUAACAAUUUUGUCGGGAAGAUUCCGGUUGAACUACUUACAUCUUUGUCAAAACUGGAAGUAAUUUCUAUUCAUGAUAAUGGUUUAACAGGAGAAAUACCAUCUUCUUUUGGGAACAUUUCUUCCAUCCAAGAUAUCUCUUUGGGUGGAAAUAGAUUGCAGGGGAGCAUUCCAGAAUCCUUUGGUCAGCUAACAAACUUAUUCUAUCUAUCAUUUGGUGAAAACAACCUAUCUGGUAUGGUGCCUGUCUCACUAUACAAUCUGUCAUCUCUUGAAUUUAUUUAUCUCUUUACGAACCAACUGCAUGGGAGCCUUCCACGAGACAUAGGCCUCACUCUUCCAAAUCUCAAUACACUAUCAAUUUCAAUGAACAUUUUCUCAGGGAGAAUUCCGAGUUCCAUCUCCAAUAUUUCAACAAUCCAAACAUUUGAUCUCGGAAUAAACAGUUUUGUUGGACCUGUCCCUAACAACUUAGGAAAUCUUCAAAACCUUCAAUGGUUCAGUAUUAGUGAAAAUCAAUGUGGUAUAGGGGAAGCUGAUGAUUUAGAUUUUGUAAAUUCUUUGGUCAAUUGUACAAAUCUAGAGUUCCUGCAACUACAAAAGAAUGGUUUUAUGGGCCCCCUUCCCAACUUUAAAGCCAAUCUCUCAACACAGCUCUCAGUACUUUCUUUGGGAAGGAACCAAAUAUCUGGAAUCAUUCCUGCUGAGAUUGAGAGUCUCGUCAACCUGACCGCUUUGGGCAUGGAGGCUAACCUUUUAGAAGGUAAUAUUCCGUCUGUCAUUGGGAAGCUUCCGAAGCUUCAAAGAUUAUUCUUGGGUGCAAAUAGACUUUCAGGACAGAUACCUUCCUCUAUAGGCAAUCUCACGCUUUUGUAUGAUCUCCAUAGAAUUAAACAGCUUGAAUGGAAGCAUUCCUUCCAACAUUGGAAAUUGUCAACAGUUACAAUACCUAACCCUUUUUAG